AUGGUCAAAGCUAGAAAAAUUGCUAUGGUCGGCCUGAGGUCCGUCGGCAAACUGUCGAUGACCGUUCGGUUUGUCGAGGACCAUUUCGUCGAGUCCUACUAUCCAACGAUUGAGAACCAGUUUUCCAAGAUCAUCUCAUACAAGAACCAGGAGUAUGCCAUCGAGAUCUUGGACACUGCGGGCCAGGACGAGUUCUCCAUCAUGACUGAGAAACAUCUCAUCGGCAUCCAUGGAUACGUUCUUGUGUACCUGGUGACGUCACGGCAAUCCUUCGAGUUGGUGGAGGUGAUCCGUGAUAAGAUUUUGAAUCUGAUCGGUGCGGAUUCGGUGCCGGUAGUGUUGGUCGGGAACAAGUGUGACUUGACGUUCCAGAGACAGGUGGAGACCGCCGAGGGCGAGGCCUUGGCGCGCAAGUUCAACUGUCCAUUCUUGGAGACGUCGGUUCGGGACAACGUGAACAUUCACAAGUCGUUUGUUUCGUUGGUGGAUGCAAUCGAGAAGAUCCAGAAUCCGGAGGUGGUAAAGGAGGAGAAGUGUGUGGUGAUGUAG